AUGAUAUUUGCGAAUGGGAUUUGUAAUUACGACAUAUACUUCGUUCAUAAGUAUGAUGUCGUUGGGGUUUUGGGUCUUCUUCCUGAGCAAAAACUUACAGCUGCCUUGCGGAUGCUUGCUUAUGGGGCAUCUGUAGAGCAGGUGGAUGAGAUUGCGCGGAUGGGAAAAUCAACUAUCCUAGAGUGCUUGGUGAGAUUUUGUGAUGCAGUAGAAAAUCUUUACAAGAAUGAGUACCUUCGCAAACCUACGGCUAAGGACCUCCGAAGGCUUGUACAAAAAGAUGAGGCUCGAGGUGUCCCAGGAAUGAUUGGAAGCAUCGAUUACAUACACUGA